UCCACCUUCGUCCAUAAGCGGGGCUAGGCUGAGGUCGACAACUUUCAGGUCUUGCUAAUGAUUGACUAAGUUGUUGUGGACGGGACAGGUUUCGUGGUGUGUGUGUGUGUGUGUGUGACGUGACCUUCAACACACAGUGAAAUGUAAUGAUGCAGUGUAGACAGCCUCUCUGCAAUGCGAGUGCGAAGUUCUUCCUCCAGCUGUAGAGUAGCCAAGGCUAACUGACUUUUACCUUUCUCUGUGAGUCGUUAACUGCGACAGCUCCUAUGUAAGUCUUGUCUGCACAACUGGAAUGGACCAAAAUCAUGGCACACUGUAAUCAACUUGCACCACCAUCACCGCCACCAUCACCAAGCGAUGUCAAUCUAGGGGCUUCAGCCAAUCCCCACGCUAAGCCUACUGACUUUGAUUUCCUUGCUGUUAUUGGAAAAGGGACAUUCGGAAAGGUCCUGCUUGCCAAACUGAAAUCAGAUGGAACGUUUUAUGCAGUGAAGGUUUUGCAGAAGAGAGUCAUUCUGAAGAAAAAAGAGCAAAAGAAUAUUAUGGCCGAGAGGAAUGUGUUGCUGAAGAGUCUGAAGCACCCCUUCCUGGUCGGGCUACACUACUCCUUCCAGACACCAGAGAAGCUUUACUUUGUCCUCGACUAUGUCAACGGAGGAGAGCUUUUCUUCCACCUGCAAAGAGAGCGGUGUUUCUCUGAGCCACGAGCUCGCUUUUACGCUGCAGAGUUAGCGAGUGCCAUUGGUUACCUGCAUUCUCUCAAUAUUGUGUACAGGGAUCUAAAACCAGAAAACAUUUUGUUAGACUCUCAGGGCCAUGUAGUUCUCACUGACUUUGGUUUGUGUAAAGAAGGACUUGAACCAGAGGCCACUACAACUACAUUUUGUGGUACCCCAGAGUACCUUGCCCCUGAGAUGCUGAGGAAGGAGCCCUAUGACCGCACCGUGGACUGGUGGUGCCUCGGAACUGUGCUUUAUGAAAUGCUGUACAGCCUGCCUCCUUUCUACAGCCGGGAUGUGGCGGAGAUGUACGAUGGUAUUCUGCACAGGCCCCUACGUCUGCCGCCGGGGAAGUCCGAUGCUGUCUGCCACCUCCUUCUGGGGCUUCUUCAGAAAGACCAGCAUCAACGCAUAGGGGCUUCUUCUGAUUUUGUGGAGAUAAGAAACCAUGUUUUUUUCUCCCCCAUCAACUGGGAUGACCUCUAUCACAAAAGAAUCACUCCUCCAUUUAAGCCAAAUGUGAAAGGUCCAGCUGAUAUACAGAACAUCGAUCCAGAGUUCACCCGGGAGAUGGUACCCAAUUCGGUGGGCCGUACUCCAGAUCUUGCCUCUAGUUUUGCCACCGGCAGUUCCAAUGCUUUUAAUGGCUUCUCCUAUGUCUCUGGUGAGGACAGCUUUCUCUGAGGGUGUUCAUCUCAGAACCACUCAUCCACCUGGGCUGUGACAUAAUGCUGCACAAGAACCGAGUAACACUAAAAGCGCUUUUCAUUAAACUUCACAUUUGUGGACAUCUAGGAAAAGGGCAUGAAUAUAAAAGCUGUUAAUUACAAAUAGUAUGUGUGCGUCUGUCGGCAGGAAUAGGGUUACCAUAGAAACUAGUGAUUCAGCUUAUUAGUGCAUAGAAUUGUGUUCUUGUGUCACAAAGCAAUUCGGGGUUGGCAUGAUGAAAGAGCUAUUCCUUUCAUAUGACUUUCCCGUAAAAUAUUGAAACCUGAACUGGUUUUAUACAAAUUUUGUUUAAGCAAACUCAGGACACUGUGUAGCCUUAUGUGAGCAUGUGAAGAAUUUAUAUUUUGUCACUUGGUAAACACUGUUUGAACCACAUGCUUAGAGUGCAAUAUUUGUAAACUGUGUUGUUGUAAGUAUGGCCCAUACUCUGUCAGACUGCUUUGCAAAUAGUGACCAAAUUAAUUUUCUGCACACAAAAACACAAUAGUCACUGUUGUGUUCAACGAUGGUGGCUGACUUCUAAAAGUGUAUAUAAGAAUCUUGUAUUAAACUGUUUAUUAAUGUUUAACAACCAUUGCAUUUACAAUAAGUGA